AUGGAGCAGACACCGAUUGCGCAACUCAGCCCCGAACUGCCCUCGGUGGAAUCGCAGCAUUUCCGGGCCACCGUCACUCUGAUAUGGCCGUACUCGUCGUCUGCAUGUCAGCUGGCCCUCCUGCUCGCGGAGCCAGAUCUCCGGCUUAGGCGAAGGAACGGUCAGGUCAGGGCUCGCUUUUCGGGCGCAAGUGCAAAGGCCAUUGCGACAACAGGUGUAGGAAUCGGCGAUGAGGUCGUCUUGAGCCUGCGAGGCGCGCAAUUCGUCACCGAGGGCGCCAUCAGCACGCCCGGAAAGAGUAUCGAUUGGGAGCUGGAAUAUGUUCAAACAGUCGUCAUUCGCAUCUACCGAAACGGCGAAGAAACCGCCAAUAUCGAGCUCGUUGAUGCGCCGCCCACUCUAGCCCCUGCAUCACCACUCCGCCGACAAUAUCGAGCCGCUCCAAGCUCGGCAUUACAAUAUUCGUCUCCUGCCUUCUUGAAGCGCGCGCGCCUAUCUGAUGAGCCCUUCUUCGAACCGCCUUACGAUCCCCUGGCCGACGAGACAGGCGAAGGCCACGACAAAAAGCGACGGAGGAAAUCGUAUCGAGAUUGGAAGGCAUGGACAUAUAGUGCGAGGACGCCCUCGCCAGAGAAGGAGGAUGCUCCCAUGGAAGACGAAAUGGAGUGGCUUGAGGCAUCGCCCAGCCGCCCAGAACAGCUCCCUCAAACACCUACCUCUCCCUCAAAAUCCGCCACAGUAUCCAAAUCAGCCAAACCGCUGCGUGCUCAAGGUGCUAAGCCAACAGAAGCGCCCGUUUCAGCAGAGGAGGCCAUCUUGCAAUCGGAUGAGGAAAAUGCAGAUGAGAGCGUCAUUCGCGAGUCUGACUACAGUGUGCUCUACUCGGCUCCAGAUGAACAUCUGUCAUCAGAUGCCCAGUACGCUUUUGGUGGCGAUACCGAGGUAGACACUGAAGUCAACACAGAGGAAGAAUAUCCUGCCCAAGAGGAGACCGAGGGGGGCAGCACAGUCACAAAGGAGCCAAGCACUGAUGAGGUUCAUCAAGUACAGCGUGAAGCUAAAGGCAGCGAUGAAGCUGCGGUUGCAGAAGCGCAGUUAGAGAACGACACACAUGAGGACCGUGUACAGGUUGUUGAACCAAACCAAGCCACAACAUCCACGUCCGUCCCUGAGGCAGACGAACAAAAUGCGGAGACAUCACCAGCAUCACUUAUCAACGCUCCAAAAAUUGCGAUGCCUCCUCCUACCUUAACCAUUAUUCAAACCGACACCCCGAACGCUGUGUCUGCUGCUCUGUUGACCCCAAUCGGUAGAGAGCCUGGAAGCCCAACUCUUCGACCUCUGGACUCGGCCAAUCUCCCGAUACCAUCACCGUUUCCUGGUGAGCGCGAAACCACCGCUACCUCUUACUUUGAUCAACUCAUCGCCAAUGAACAGUCUGUAGAAUCGGAAGCCGAGGGUGAAGAAGAGGAGAAACCACCAAGCGAAGCAAGCUACAUCGGCGAGACGUCUUUCUUUAGCUCGAUUGGUUCCUCGAACGUAUCCACAUUUCACCCGAAUCAUGAGUCAGCCUUUGCACCUUUGCGCUUCACUUUUGGUAUGGAUGGUGCUGGAUUUUCGCGCCCUAUGGAGAUCUCGUCCCCACCACCUGAAGUCCAGCCGGACGAGGAAGACAAGGAUGUGCAAGAGGCAUCAGGUUCGACUACAGUUGCAGACACUUCAUUUGACAACUCUGAUGCGGGUGCCCCCUUAACAAUUCAGAAUCCAGGAGAUGCCCAGAAAGCCAGCGAAAAUGCUCAAGCGGUACCUGCAACACAGGCGCUAAGCACUGUUGAAGAAGCCCAAGAUCCCGAUGUAACGAUGCUUUCUUCAGCUGAGGAUGAAAGUUCUAGUGUUGAGGAACCUGACCAAGACACCGCUCAUCACACUGGCAAGGAGACUGAGGAUAACGUAGUUGGCCUAGCUGUAGGUUCUGAAGGUGGGGUCGUUGAAGAACAAAAAGACAAUCAGCAAACUUUGCCUAGUGAACAUGGCUCACCCAUCGAACAUCAUAGCCCAGAGGCUUCUCCCCAGGAUCAAGACCAGCCUCCAUCCGCAACCUUGGAAAGUCACAGUGAGUUCGUGAGCCAGGAUCCCGCAACCAAAACCUCCAUUCAUUCUGAAGCCCCCGGUGAGCCAGCUGCAACUCACACACCAUCCCAGGAACCGGAGCCUAGUGAAGAUGUCGACCAGAUGGAGCAGUCCUUCUCUAUAGACCACUCAUAUGAAGCUUCUAUAGAGGCUACCAACGAUUACUUGCAGGACGCUUUCCCAAUGGACCACAUGUCACACGAGUUCCAGGAUGAACAAUAUACCCAAACACAGCAAGGUUCGGUUAUGGGAGACCAAUGGAUAGAAGACCAUUUCGAUUCACAAACUGACCACUCCAAGGCUUCGGUGGGCCACGACAUAGAUGAAGUACAGACUGCGGAUACGCCACAUACUGUACCGGCUAGGAACACAAGAUCCAAGGCCAAAGCUCAAACUCCAUCGGUACAAGAUGAGGUGCCUGGCUCCGUUCGUACCACGCGCUCGACAAGGUCUCGGGGUUCUGGAGCUACACAGGCCUCGCCAAACAGCAUUAAAACCAGGUCAGACUUUUUGUCUCCAGAGAAGAACAUUCCAGCUCAUAUUUCUACUACUGUCCGCGAAAGCCCGCGUAAAUCGUUGCAGAGAAGCUUGAAACAAGAGUUCGCUGCAGCUCGUUCUCGAAAAGAGAGGGAUGGCCCAUCAUCUCCCAAGUUCGAAUUGUCACAAGUUCAAAAUGCAUCCGAGAAUGGACAUAUGAAUGAUGUUCUUGUCAAAGACUGGGCUGAGCGGAACACUCACACCGAAUAUUCCGCGUCGCCUGCACGCACAUUAGAAGGCUUGACUGAGGCACAGAAAUCGGACUUUGGCAGUCCUAUGAAACGCGAUGCUCCUAGUAGAGAAGAUGAUGUGGUUACUGAAUAUCCCUCGGGUACUGAUCCAGAGUCCAAACCAAAGUCGAAGACCAAGACGGGACGAAAGAAGCCUGCACCAAAGGCAGUUGUCGAGACUCAAAACAGUCAAGCUGCACCAUCUGAAUCUGGAAGUCCCAGCAGGCGGCUGCGCUCAAAAGGACCUAUCAAGCUGGUCACUCAGAGUCCUCGCAGUGUGCGGAGAACAAGAAGGAAUGCAUACAAUAUCUCUGAGCGUCAGGAGAGCGAAGAGGUUAGUGAGGCGGAUCUAAAGCCUGAGGAGAAGUCACAACGGGAGGAAAGUGAAGGCCUGUCACAAACAUCUACAGUCGAGGCUGGAGAGUCCAUGCGCAGCUCUACGCUCGAUUCACAAGCAGCUUUACAAAGGCAAAGGCUCAUGACUCCGGACGCAACUCAGCAAACUACCAAUGAAGCGCAGUCAGGCUUUGUCGCUGCGCCCGCAGGACAGGACUCGUUAUUAACACCCCAACCCACCCAGGCGACAUCCACCAAUCUCCGUUCUUCCCAGCAAGAUGUUGACAUGGAGGCUACUACAUCCGCGUCACCCAACGCGCAAAAGUCACCAACGACCAAAACCACACCUGGCCACAACAAAGCAGCCACAGACACGACAUCGACCUCUUUAUCCCCAACUCUGAUUGAACAACCCACCUCAAAACCCGACCCCUCCGAGGCCACACAAGAAUCCCCCUCAAUCGGCCUCUCAACCCCCCUCUCCUACUACACCCCCCUCAAAGACCUCCCCUACUUCCUCAACCGCUCCUCCCAAUUCCACUCAUCCGCAAACCCAGACAUCCUCGCCCUCGUCACCUCCGCCACGACGGCAAGCGAAAAAGCGAAAAAGGGGCCCAAGCACUGGAACACGACUUUGCAUAUCACGGAUGCGAGUGCCUGGCCCGCGACAAUGACCGUUCAGUGCUUUCGUGCGUACCGAGAGGCACUACCGGAAGCAGGCGUGGGCGAUGUAGUGUUGCUAAGGGCGUUUGCGGUGAAGUCGUUGAAUCGGCAUCCGGCACUGGUGAGUGCGGAUGAGAGCGCGUGGUGUGUUUGGCAGUGGGGAAAGCCAGGUUCGGGGGCAGAAGAGGGGAUGUUUGGGGAGUUGAAGGCGAGAGAGGAGGUUAAAGGGCCAGAGGUUGAGCGUGGUGAGGGCGAGUGGCGCGAGGUAGAGAGGCUGAGGGCCUGGUAUGAGAAUAAGGUUAAGCAAGAGUUACAGGAGAAGGAAGAGAGUCAAGUAAAGACUAGGAGUAGGGAUAAGGCAAAGGGGGCUGCCGGAGGCAGUGCGGAUGCAUAG